ACACCUGAAAAUGGAAGUGGUGAGCACAAAGUCAACGCGGAUUUUAUACUUCGCCUUUGACCCGUCUGUGGUGCCGUAGUUCGGAGUCCGGAAGCAUCAUGGACAUCAGGAAGCUAAAAAUUCGUUGUUACAAACAAAUUGGAAUGCAUCAACAUUAUCUUUCCUAGUCUUGGAGCAGUGAGGCCUCUGUGAUUAUAGCCUAUUCAAAAAUGUCAGGCCAAGAGGAGUCGGACAAGGGUGUGGAUAUGUGGUCCUCCCUCCGCUGUCUAGGGUAUCUCUCCAGCUUCAAUUUGCUGGUAGCCGUGUGCUUGGGAAUGUACGUACGAUGGGAACAGACUGCAGAGCCCAUGAUUCUGGUCAUCUUCAUCUUGGGUUUGUUCGUAUCAGCCAUAGCCUGUAUCCUCUACUACUACUUUUCAAUGGAGUUGGCCAGUUUGAGUCUCUUCCACCUGUGGUUUGGCUUCCUGCAGGGUCUCCUGUGCUUCCUGAACAGCCAGUCUCUGGAGAACGACAUAAAAGAGCAGGUUACAAACUACCUGUUGCUCUCUAGUGUGGCUGUUCGGAUGCUUUGGGCCCUAACAGAACGUCUGUGCAGCAGCGCUACGAAUAAACCAGUCGUUCUCACCUCAUCGGAGUUUCUAGAGCUCCUGGGAUUCGCCGUCGCAAGCAUCAGCUUGGUUUUCUAUAAAUCGCUGGCCAUGAUUGCUCUGACGUCAUCGUUAACGGCCCUCAUCGUCGACCUUCGCAUGAAGUCGCCCUUGGCUCUCCCUAAUCUAGCCUGCUUUGCUGUGAUCACCGGUGCUACCUUCUUCCAGUCCUUGGAGAUCCAAGCAAACCCCUUCGCGCUCAGCUGCUUCCUGGGCCGGCUUAUCUGCGAGCCUCUUCUGGACGUGUACUUCAGCAGUUUGUCGGCGACGGAGCGCUGGAAGCAGUUUCUCUCAGCCGGUCGUCUGUGGAGGAGAUUUUCUCUGUUCCCGCUGGCAUUCGUCGAGCUGGCGUUCUUUGUGCUCUGUGCCUUGAAGCUGGGUAACUUGACAGUUUGGUAUCUGGUCAUCCCUGGCUUCUGCAUCUUUGGCCUUUUGUGGAUUCUGUGCCACAUGGUGUUCCUUGUCACACUAUGGUACUUCCACACCAAGCUAAGCGAGUGUCAGAAGACGUGGGCAACCCAGCGCUCAGAAACGCUCAGUUUGGACAGGAUCAUGGCCUCCAGGGGCAUGCGUCAUUUCUGCCUCAUCUCUGAACGGCUGGUGCUCUUCUGCCUGAUGUCCACCAUCAUACUAGGGGCCGUCUCAUGGCAGGUCACUAAUGGACUCUUCAUGAGUGUGUUUUUAGUGGUACUGCCACUGGAGUCUCUGGCUCAUGGACUCUUCCAUGAACUGGGAAACUGCUUGGGAGGCACCUGCGUUGGGUAUGCGGUGGUAAUUCCCACUUGCUACAGCAGUGCGGAUGGACAGCCAUUGCUGUUGCCUCCGGGGCAGGCCCAGGAAUUGCACUCCACAGCUACUUUGAACGCUGUGCAGCGACUCUUCUCCCACCACCUCAUCCAGACCUUUGGAUGUGACUACUCCACCAGUCUAAGCCUGGACACCCUGCAGGCCAAUCUGCGCUCCUUUCUGGAGCUCUGCACCGCAGAAGGCCCGCGGCAUGACACCUACAUCCUCUACUACAGUGGCCACACACUUCCCAGUGGAGACUGGACUCUGGCAGGUGGUGAUUGCUUGCGUCUGCAGCAGAUCCUUGAUAUGUGGAAGGAACGGAAUGCCAGCUUCUCCUCCCGCCUCAUCCUGGUCCUUGACACUGAGAAUUCUGCGCCAUGGGUAAAGGCAGUUCGAAAGGUGGAAAAGAUGUACGUGGCAGUACAAGGAGCCAAGAUGAGCCCUGUCCAGGAUGCUGAAGCCCAGGAAGCCCCUCGGUUGGGAAACUUCACUGCUGAGUGGGUGAAAUACAACUGUGAUGAUGGUGGUGUGGUGUGGUGUAGGAGGGGUGUGGUGUUAUCUGCUAUUUAUUGCGUGUUGUAAAAAUGGUGUGGUUACUAUGUUCACCUGCCCACUGGAAGUGAUGUGGCCAAGCACUGGAAAACACACUUCCCCAAGGCCACGUACCCAUUGCUGGCUGUGGCGAACUGGUGCUGCGGACUUAACCUCCUGUGGCUGUGUAGUGUGUGUUUGCGCUGCGUCCGAAGACUGAAACUUUCUUGGUUCCCUCCCAGUAUACUAGACACGGGGCAAGGGAUUAAACUAGUCCGAUCAUAGGUGACCAGUUGGUUUGCCUCUACACAAUGUACAUAUAUCACCAUAUACCUUUUCUAUGCAAUUUGUGGGAUUUCCUUUAUUGACUGUUCAGUUGCCUUUAACAAAUUACUUUAAACAGUUAUGGAUGGGAAACGUGGAUCGCUCCGUCUUUCUUCUAAUCCUGGUCCUGGAGAAACCCCAACACUGCACAUUUUAGAAGUCUCCCUAUUCAAACACACCUGAUUCAACUCAUUAGCGAAGACUCCAAGACCUUAAAUGUGUGUGUCAGAUAAGAGAGACACCAAAAAUGUGCAGUGUUGGGGGUUCUCCAGGACCAGGAUUGGGAACCACUGCUUUAGAGUUUAGUCACACCUAAUUUUCAAAUCAGCCCCAUAUGACAGGUUCUUCUGUUUAUCUGUGUGCCAUAUACACAAUAUAGCCACUGUCUUAUCUCAUAUACAGCAUUGAGACUAUCAGCGCCAAGUGCCUUGUGUUAAUUUAUUAAGUUUUUAGUGGGUUUUCUAGGGAUUUGGGUGAAAUAUGUGUAUUGCAAUGUAUUCGGUCUCAGGCAAAGUAAAGCAUGAAAUCUAAUUGUACCUUUAAAAAGGUUGUUACUUUUUUUUGACAAGCAGUAAAGCAGGUCUGAAAUUGUUGUUUUUCCAAGACCUCUACAAAAGCCAAUGUUUAAACCAUAUCGUGCUAUAUUUUAUUUUGUAUUCUCUGUAGGGUUUUUGUGUUGAAGAGAUGACUUCAUUAAUUAUUUUUCAACAGACCAGUGUCCUUUAAUAAAUACUAUUUAA